AUGGCCAGUCUAUCUAAAGAGGAGCUGGAGGAAGCUCAGAACACUGCAAUUGAGUGGUCUGCCAAGACUCCUCCUGCAGCUGUCCAGGUGGACUUUGCAAAGAAAAAAGCACCUGGUUUGAUGAAGGACCUGGUGUCCAAGUUGUGGAAGCAGGCCAGUAUGAGAAUUUUUAUAUUAUUGGCAUGGAAAGAGGAGGAUGAAGUGCAUAUCAAUGGAAUUGACUUCAAUGAAAAGUUGGAGGGCAAUAGUUUUACCGAUAUGAAGGACUGGAAGCCCAUGUUAUCAGAGUGGAAUGCCUAUGCUGGAGAAGAGUUUGGUGAGCUUCUGUUUGACAAUCUUGCAACAUUCAGUCAAGUACUUAUGCAACAUGGGGUGAACCCAGAUGUUGACCUGAAUAAUGAUGAUGACGAUAGUGAGGGGGAGGUGAAAAAAGGCAGGAAGAAAGGCAAAAAGAAGGACAAAUAUCCUUUGGAGAUGGAUAGCUAUGGGCUUCUGAUCAUACUGGAUGUGAAAGAGCUGAACCUCAAGAGUAAAAAGUGUCUUAUAAGGAUGUUCCUCACAAAACACUACAGGUUGUGCAGCCAACAACCAAAGGCAUCUGUGCCUUGGGCCUCAGUGAGGAAGGCUCAGGGGGACUUUAUUGCAGCCAAGUUUUUACCUACCGGCUGGAAGCUUGACAAUCCGUCAAAGAUUCAGUUGGCUGACACUGACUGGCUGUUGGAAUUGUGGUGUCAAAGACAGAAGGACCAGGUUCGCCCAACCUUUGAAUUUAAAGGCUGGGAAGGUGACAAUAAGACAAUGAGAGAACUGGCAGAGGCGAUUGACAGAAAGGAUUCUGACACAAGACCCAAGGAUCUGGUGAAAAAAACUACUGGAAAGCGCACCAGGAGGGUGGCACAGGAGUUGAGUAGUGAGGACGAAGAGAAGGACAAUGAAGAAGAAGAGAAGGACAAUGAUGAUGACAAUGGCACAUUGCCACCUCCAAAGUCAAAACCUGUCAAAAAUCACCUACUGGUCAAGAAAUCCAGGCCAGUCAAUGCAUGCAGCAGGGCUAGUCUGGCUACAUCUGCUGCAGAGCAUGAAGAUCCUCACCCACCAGUCAAGAAAUCCAGGCCGUUUCCAUUGCCACCUAAAUCAAAACCAACCAAAAAGUGUGGUAGGGUUGGUCACAUUCAAUCUGAUUUAGAGUUGGACAGUCAGUCACCAGGAAAGAAAUCCAAGCCCAACAAUGCCAGCACCGGUUCUGCGCAAUCAACUGGUCCUCGUGACAACCAUCCUCCACCUUCAAAGAGUCACACAUUUGGUCCUACAUCCGGUGUCCAUGGCAAGAAGAAAAAUCACAAAGGACCAGUACCCAAACCAACACCUGCUGCCACAAAAGCCACCGGCAAGAAAGCCAAAGGACGUGAAGCCCAGACCACUGAUCAUGAGCCAAAGCGCUGUCUUAGAAGUUCAAAGGCCUCUUACAAAGCUCAGUAUAUGCAGUAG